AUGGCCAAGAAAUGGCAACAAAGAGCAGCUCUCAAGAGGAAAAGAAUCUCAGUUCAAAGAACAAAUACAUCUGCUAGCUUUGUAGAAAAGGGCUGUUUUGUGGUUUAUACAGCAGAUAAAACCCGUUUUGCUUUUCCGAUAAGUUAUCUAAGCAACUAUGUCUUCCAAGAGCUCUUGAAGAUCUCUGAAGAAGAAUUUGGCAUCCCAAGCGGUGGACCAAUCACGUUGCCAUUUGAUUCGGUUUUCUUGGAGUAUCUAAUCAAAUUGAUCGAAAGACAAAUGGAUGGAGAUAUGGAAAAGGCUGUGUUAAUGUCAAUCUCUAGUGUCAAGUGUUCUUUGCAACAGCAACACCAGAGUACUCAACAAUUGCUUUACCAAAAACAUCCAGAAUUGUGCAUAGUGUUCACACAAACAACUGCAGGUGUGAAUGAGAAAAAGAAAAAACAAAAAGGUUGUAGUAGCUAUCUAUAUAAGUAUGGGGUUUCCUUGUAA